AUGUUCAAAUCCACUCUAUUGAAGCAAUCCCGUCUAUUCUCUACAUCUACUGCCAAAUUUGGUAAGAAGGUAUUCUUUGAACCUGCCGUCAAUGGUAAGAAGCUUGGAAGAAUUGAGUUCGAACUUUACGAUGAAGUUGUUCCAAAGACCGCUGAAAACUUCCGUGCUCUAUGUACUGGUGAAAAGGGGUUCGGUUACAAAGGUGUUCCAUUCCAUCGUAUCAUUCCAAACUUUAUGAUUCAAGGUGGUGACACCGAUCUGACCAACGGAUUUGGUGGUAAAUCCAUCUAUGGGUCCAAGUUUGCCGAUGAGAAUUUCGUCAAGACACACGAAAAGGCCGGUUUGUUGUCGAUGGCCAACUCUGGCCCAAACACCAAUGGUUCCCAAUUUUUCAUCACCACUGUUCCAUGUCCUUGGUUGGACGGGAAGCAUGUUGUCUUUGGUGAGGUGACCAAAGGGAUGGACAUCGUGAAGACGAUGGAAUCCUACGGCACUCAAUCCGGUAAGCCAAAGGCGGAGAUCGUCGUCGAGGACUCUGGCGAGAUCGUCAACUAG